GUGGUGGAGGAGGAGGCAUGUGACUGCAGUAUGGAGGGCUGGCUGGGUCUCUUGCUGCUCUUAGUUCAUAAUGCAGCUGCAGCCAAGAUGAAGAUUGUGGAAGAGCCCAACAGCUUUGGGUUAAAUAAUCCGUUCUUAUCACAUACAAACAAGCUACAACCAAGGACAACUCCUUCACCGCCUUCAGGUCCAUCACACCUUUUCAGAUUGGCCGGGAAGUGUUUUAGUCUUGUGGAAUCCACAUACAAAUAUGAGUUCUGCCCAUUUCACAACAUAACCCAGCACGAGCAGACGUAUCGCUGGAAUGCAUACAGCGGUAUUUUAGGGAUAUGGCAAGAGUGGGAAAUUGAGAACAAUACAUUUACUGGCAUGUGGAUGAGGGAAGGUGACGCUUGUGGAGCCAAAAAUCGUCAGACAAAGGUUCUGUUAGUUUGUGGAUCAAGCAACAAGUUGGAGGCAGUGUCUGAGCCAAGUACUUGUGUCUACUCCAUGACGUUUAAGACUCCUCUCGUUUGUCAUCCACACUCGCUAUUAGUGUAUCCCACGCUGAAUGAAAGGCUGCGCAGGAGGUGGGAUGAGAUCGAACAGUCUUUAUCUGAUGAGCUGAUCACUGAACAGGGUUACAGGAAACUACUCCGAGAAAUAUUUCAAGAAGCUAAUUACUUAAAGUCCACAGAAAGCAAAAGUGAGGAAAAAGAAAACCAGAAGGGGUCCAAGAGGUUUGAGACCCUGGAGCAAUGCAGUGUGGCAAACAAUGAACUGUCUGAAGAACUAAAGCGCCUCAAGAGCAUUCUAGACAAAAAUGGGAUUUCUUAUAAAAAUGCAUCAGAUAAGACAGUUGACCAUCUGGUUCCUUCAAACCCAAAUGCUGCCAGAGCAGAAGAAAGAUUUCACCUCCGCGGAGAUACUGGUGAUAGAGAUGACCACUAACAUAGGUUUUGGGAGCCACCUUCGCAAAGACCACAGGAUACCUCUUUUU